UUGUCACAGCUAGUAACUGUAUCGAUUUUUGUGUCAUAUGAAUUUACAGUCGGGGGAGAUUUUCUUCUUUAUGUAGGUCGGAAGUAAUACGAAGAUGAUGAUAAAGACGUGGUUGAUGUUAUGUUUUGCCGGAUUAAUACAGGCGAAAAAUGUUCUUAUACUUUUGGGUGACGAUGUUGGGUUUCAGUUUGGUGCGUAUGGAAACACAAAAAUCAAGUCCCCGAAUGUAGAUGCUCUGGCUAAACGCAGCCUGUUGUUUAAGAAUGGUUUCACCUCCGUCAGUAGCUGUUCUCCAAGCAGGUCAGUGGUUUUAUCAGGAUUACCCGUGCACCAGAAUGGAAUGUACGGACUGCGUCAUAAAUACCAACACUAUGAGUCCUUCGACGAAGUCAGAAGUCUUCCGAAUAUUCUGAGACAGCAUAAUAUCCGUACAGGAAUUGUGGGGAAAAAGCACGUAGGACCAGACACUGUUUACAAGUUUGACUAUGAGGUUACAGAGGAACACUACAAUCUCAAUCAAGUCGGUCGUAAUAUUACAUGCAUGAAAGAGUACAUCAGGAAGUUUCUGCAGGACUCCAAAAAUGAUUCAAGACCUUUCCUCCUAUAUAUUGGAAUUCACGACAUUCAUCGGUGUUACCCUUAUAUUGGUGGAAAAUUGGGGAACUUCUGUGAUAAAUUUGGGGACGGCAUGACUCCGGGCACGGGUUAUAUCAAAGACUGGAAGCCAAUUGUAUAUAAACCGGAAGAUGUAGAGGUGCCUUAUUUUCUCCCAGAUACCCCCGCGACCAGGGAGGAUCUAGCCGCAAUGUAUAAAACCUACAGUCGCUUUGAUCAAGGUGUCGGUCUGUUUAUGAAAGAGCUGGAGGACGCCGGUUUUGCAGACGACACUUUGGUGAUAUUUACAUCCGACAAUGGCAUUCCAUUCCCUUUCGCGAAAACAAACCUGUAUGAUCCGGGACAAGGCGAGCCAUUUAUGGUAUCUUCACCUUAUCAUAAGGAAACUUGGGGAAAGAAAACAGACGCUAUGGCAAGCACUAUGGACAUUGUGCCAACAGUUCUUGACUGGUUUGAUAUUAAAUAUCCGAAGUACAAGAUGAAUAGUAAACAGGUGUCUCUCACUGGCAAGUCCGUGCUAAAUGCACUUAAACCGCACGUUCCACCCGGUCCUUUCGAUCGCGUCUUCUCAAGUCACGUUUUCCACGAGAUUACAAUGUAUUAUCCAAUGAGAGUCAUCCGAACGAAGGACACAAAACUUAUCCACAAUCUCAACUUCCGGGCGCCAUACGGAUUAGCCACAGACUUGUACCAAAACCCGACGUUUCUGGAUAUUUUGAACAGAACUGAAUCCGGGCAACCAACCAAAUGGUUUACUACGCUUCAAAAGUAUUACUAUCGCGACGAAUGGCAGCUCUUUAACCUGACCUCUGACCCACACGAACAGAAGAACUUGGCGGGUUCAGCGGAGUACAAGAAUGUCUUUAAAAGUUUGAAAAAGACUUUAAAUCAGUGGCUUUUGGACACGAACGACCCAUGGAGAUGCUUGCCGGAUGAAGAACUUGAGGAAAACGGUGUCUGUUAUCCCAUGGACAAUCGUAAAUUUUCAGACAUGCAAGUCAAUGUCUUGCGCUAAUUUCUCAAUUGAUUACUAGUAAUAGAGAUAAAUCCACCCUUCUACAACGAAAUUUUAGUUCAACCGAGUGACACCGACGUGUCAACGAUGCCGUUAAUUUUUGAAACAGACAGUUUUAUUUCAGGUUUUAAGUUCGGGAAAAAUCAACAUAAAUAGUUUUGAGUUAACAUAAAUAAAUGUUCAUUAUUUAAAAAAUGGUCAUAAUUGGCGGUUCUGUUCUUUUACAUCGUCGUUGUGGCAACGUUAAAUGUCGCAACGCCGCUAAAUGUCGCAACCACCGUUAAAUGUCGCAAGGUUGACGUUAAAUGUCGCAACCACCGCUAAAUGUCGCAAAAUCGUCUGCCGCUAAAUGUCGCACCUUUAACGUUAAAUGUCGCGAAAAUUUGCCCACCGUUAUAUGUCGCAACACCAACGCUAAAUGUCGCACAGCAAAAUAAGGUAAGUUAAACAGUCUUUACAACUUAGAGAUAAGACUGGGUAAUGCAUGCUUGAUUUGGGAAGGGCUGAAUUGACCUUUCACUCUAAUCUGCUCGUUUGCUUUUCAGUGGUUCAGCAUCAUACAUACGUUAUAUAUUUCAUAUCUAAAGGUGUGAGCACUAACGUAGUACUAGCCACAGUAUUCUAGAUUUAUUUCAGGUCUGAACUAUAUAAUUCUAUGGAUGUCUGUUUAGCUCACGAGGCUCCGUAUUGUCGCGCGUUGUAUCGCAUGUCUUUAGUCGACCUGAAUUUCGUUACACAACAGGCCGGGGGCCAGAAAUUGUUGAUGGAGGAGUGGUGGGGGGGGGGGGAGAGAAGGAGGGCACCAGUUUAAAACAAAAGCGUCCCCGGCGACGUGCGGUAGGUACGGGGUUCCUCUGUCCGUAUUUGUGGGAAAAUUUUUUAUAUACAGGUAUGAAAUGUUGGCCUGUGGUGCAUUUUUGUCUAUUUUCAGGUACGUACUAGAGGGGCACUCCCCUUGUUUUAGGUGGUUAGGGUCUUUUCCCAUUGACAAUUUUGAUAUACAAGUAUGGAAUGCUGGACUUUAAUUGCAUUUUUUGUUCAAAAUUUCGAGGGCUCAGGGUCUCUCCCCGGGAAAAACAGGUAUAAAAUGGGUGCCUCUGGUGCAUUUUUACUUAAUUUUACGGUACCUCUACAACGGCCACCCGGUCCCGUCCCAAAGUCAAGGUCCUCCUAUUAACUGCUGUAAGCAUUUUAGGCCACCCCCGCCUCACACCUCACCCCGGGUUCCUCCCAAACAAGAGUUUUCCACGAAUGGUGGCCACCCGUGCCGGAUCGGGGACGACCCCCUCUACAACGGCCACCCUGUCUGAUCCAAAAGUCAAGGUCUGGGGCGGAGCUGGGGGUGCCCAAAUUGAAAAUGUGAAAAUUUCCCAAAACGGCCUCGGACCAAGUUUGAGACCCGCUCAGGAGUAAACAAGAGUUUUCCCGGGGUAGCCGCUAUGCUGCCCCCCAUAAACCGUCACCCUCUACAACGGCCACCCGGUCCCGUCCCGUAGGGUCCUCCUGUUAACUGCUGUAAGCAUUUUAGGCCACCCCGCCUCACUCCUCACCCCGGGUUCCUCCUAAACAAGAGUUUUCCCCGAAUGGCGGCCACCCGUGCCGGGUGGGGGACAACCCUCUCUACAACGGCCAGUACUGGAGGGGUACUCCCCCCCGUUUAAAAGGGAAUUUUGAAAUAUAAGUAUAAAAUGUUCGCCUCUGGGGCGUUUUGGUUCUACAUUUUGAGAAAAUAUUAUUUCCAAAAAAGUUGGGUGCAACUUUGAUGAGUAUAAGUUACUAGUAAGCCAACAAGGGUGGGGUUUGGGGUGGGGGGAAUCGGCUCGGGCAACAAUCCAGGCCUGUUAUACAACUGGAUGUUCAACUCCGCGACACGAAGACUUUGUGUUGUACCAGCUGUAGAAAACGAAGAUUUUCUAUUAAUCAGCCAUGGGUUCUUUAUCUUUUGUUUGGAGGUUUACAUCUAAAGUCAUAAGGUAACUAUCAAACUUCAAUGGCGGAGAAAGAUCCUAUGUGGCCCUCUGUACAUUCUUUCAGGUAAAGUGGGAAUUUUGAUAUUAUUUUACUUUUAGUCUCUUAAAAUUGUUUGGUUUAGUCUCAUUCCCCUCAUUAUCCUACUUUUCCGCCUACCCACACAUAACACCCUCUCUCUCAAAAAUGUAAAUACUUAUAUUUUCUAUUAAUUGUCUUGGUGAUAUGUGUUUGUGUCUUAGAUUUCUGUGUCGUUAUUCACCCCGUUCCCCACCCAUACCCAACCCCCACAAACAUACAACACUAUUACCAAAUCGUAUUUAGUUAGAAGAAACCUCAGAAUAUUUCUGUCCUAAAACACUGGCCUAUUACAAAAUAAUUUCACAAAUAUUUUUCUUGCGCGACUGUUCAAGCAAGGUGUGGAACUUAGGUGGCGAUCUAGGGCCAACAAGGCCCUCUUGUUGCUAUACGUAACAGCACUUAUCAUUAAGAUAAUUAUUUGUAUUACAUAAACCUGUUAACUUUUCUUCCCUCAAAAAAGUAAAUAUACAAAAGGAAUUGAUAAUCAGUGUCAAAUAGGAAGAGCGACAUUUAGCGUUGGUAUUGUGACAUAUAACGGUGGGCAAAUUUUUGCGACAUUUUACGUUAAAGGUGCGACAUUUAGCGGCAGACGAUUUUGCGACAUUUAGCGGUGGUUGCGACAUUUGACGUCAACCUUGCGACAUUUAACGGUGGUUGCGACAUUUAGCGGCGUUGCGACAUUUAACGUUGCCACAGUCGUAAGAUGUCGUAUUUUACAAAUAAUAUCUGGACUAAAAAUUCGAAUUAUUUACAUAGAUAGUAUUUACAUACGAUAUUGUAUAUACAUGUACAUAUUUAUAUUGGUUAUUGCAUGUACAAAUGUGGAAAAAUGUCAUUUUUGACCAUUGUACAUAUAAUUUGCAUUUACGAAUACACAAUUUUGUUGUAAUUUCUGGAGAUUAUUAUAACCUCAGCUCUUCUGUGAUCCUUUUGACAACGGUAGAGCAUUUGUUUUCACCAAAGAUUAGGAUAAAUAGGUCUUUUGAUAUAUCAUGAUAUUCAUUGUUUACCUUUAUAUUUGUUUACUUUUUUACUCAUUUUCAAGAAUGCUCAGCUUAUAAGCACAGUACCUGUAAGUAUUAUUUUCACUCACUCUAUAAAAAAGUUGUUGAUCGACGGCUUUUGAAAUUUAGAACUGCGGCCACAAAUAUGUUUUGACGUUUUUUUUGCCAUGUUUUCUUACAAUUUACGACAAGUAUUCCAUAGAUACAUGUAGCAAACGCAUUUACAAAUACAAAACAAAUAACACUAUAAUAAUGGUAUUUUUACAACAGUCUAGUUUUUGACAAUUCCAGCGAGACUAACAAUUUUAACGGGACUUUUCACAUUUAUAAGAGGGAUUACAAAAACUUGUUUUGAGAGUGUUUCUUUUUUUCCCAUGUAUUUUGUGUUCGAAUCUCUAUUUUGUUUGUUUGAUAUGUACAUGUAUGUUUUUUUGUUUUUUUUUAAAAGUGGAAGGAAACCGGCAUUAUGAUAGUUUUCUUCAAUUUCUGCGACCAAACUAGGUGCUAAAUGUUGUUAAAAAUUGAUUUUAGAUCGAUAGGGCAUUUGUUUGUACCAAAGGUUAGAAUUAUAUACAUGUAUCUUCUGAUAUAUUGCUAUUUCUACUCAACGAUAUUCAGUGCUUAACUUACUAAUUCUACUCAUUUUCAAUCAUACUCUGCUUACACAGCUUACAUUUUCAUUAACGAAGCAAAUGACUUUUACAGCAACCGUAUGCUUCGAAAUAGUAUGAAAUUAUUUAAUUUCGUGGGUAUAAAAUUUCAGGCUCAUUUCGUGUAGAUAUGAAUUCGUUGACUUUAUUUCACGCAUAGACAUAACUUCAGCGAAAUCAGCGAAAGUUAGUACCCCACGAAUAUUAGUUAUUUUGCAGUAUUCGUUGAGACGGACAAUUUUAGAAAGUAUAUACAUAGACACAUACAUGUAUAUACGGCCAAUAAGGAUACCUUGUAACUUGUGAUGAGAUUGCUUCUUUUGUUAUUUCAUUCUGUGUUCUGUUUAUUAAUAUGUAUAUGUUUUUGAAAUAAAAUGGGGAAAACUGG